GAUUGUCUGUGUGUGUGUGUGUUUCAUUGUGUGCAUUUCCUCUCUAUUGUGAGCUUCUGGGUCUCUUCCAGCGGGAGGAGGGAGACCGGGAGAGAGACGGAAAAAGGAAGAGAUUCUUUCAGCUGGCCUUUGUGAAACGGCUCUCAGGAACGCCAGCUGCGUACCUCUCGGCGCACUGCGAAAACACACCUAAAGGAUGUAAAUGCUCCAGAGUCACUGUUCUUAUUUGUGAGGGAAAGCAUGGAAAGGUGAAGAUCGUCUGGUGGAUGGGGAGGUGGGGAAGAUGCGCGUGUCUCUGAAGAAGUUACAACGGCGCUUGGUCCUGCACAGCCUCCGGGAGAAAGCCGGGGCCGGUGGGGAGGCCAUCGGAAAGGCGGACAGGAAACGCAGGCAGAGCCGACUUCCUGCAAGCUCCCCUGAUGGAGCAGGAGAUAGAGGGAGAGGGAAGGGGAGGCUUUGUGGGAGCGUGCUCCUCUGUGUAGCAACCAGGAGAAAAAUGUUGAAAAAUAACGGUCACUUCCCCGGGCCUCCAGUGGUCCGCAGCUCAGCUGAGAAGAUGCACGGGAGCCGUGUGGGGCCUGAGAAGUAAAGUCUGAUCGGAAUCGACAGCUGUCCCAUCCAAGGCGACCAGUCCUACCCAAGGCGACCAGUCCCACCGCCCACAUCCCGCUCUUUAACAUGCCUGUGUCAUGGUGCCCUCCAAGGCAGAAGUACACGGCUGGACGGCCCCCGCUGUUGCGGGUGCGAGUGACAGAAAGGGGAAACCUGCUCUGGUGUAAUGGGCAGUGCACAUUUCCCCAUUUUCUAGUGUCUGCCAAUUCUGCCUCUGUAUGUUGCUAUGCUAAUGCCACGCUAAAUCUUGUCAUCUGGGUGUUAGCAGGGCGCCUGCAAACCCAUUUCUUCCGUGGCCAUGUGCAUGUCUGUGGCUGGACUCUGCCGUGAUGGUACGGGUCGUUCGCGGGGGCCGAGGCUGUGAUCUUGGGCUGCCGGGAAACCGCUUCUCAAGGAAGUUGUGCAAGUUGCAGUGUUGUGAUGUGAAGUCUUUUCCCAAGUUGCGCGGGCUUGUUACGCACUAAUGUGACCCAAGUCCCUCUCUGUGUCCGUCCCUAAUGCUGACACUGCCUUUCUGUCCCAGCAGGUCGCCCAGCCCCAGGGGGGUGCUCGACUCAGAUGAUUGCACCCUGAUCCAGAGGAACCUUGCGAGAGACCAUUAGCCGCGGUGCAGGUGAAGCAGCUUUGAGAACAGGCCUGCUGGGCGGCACAGCAGUGGUCACGAUGGGCUGUUCCCACUGCAAGCAGAAGAAGUCCUCUAAAACUGAGGAUUCUGCCGUGUCGGCAUGUGACUCGGGGGCUGCCGCUCAGCUGUCGGACAAAGUGCGCUACUGCCGGGACCCCACCCUCAACACGUCCACUGGCCUCAUCCCUGACUUCAACAGCUACCCCAACUUGACCAGCCCCCCCCAGCCUUUUGGCUCCGCCUCCUUCCCUUCCAACACCAAUCAAACGAGGGCAGGUGGCAUCACAGGAGGAGGUGUUACACUUUUCAUCGCUCUCUACGACUACGAGGCUCGUACCGAAGACGACCUCUCCUUCAACAAGGGCGAGAAAUUCCAUAUCAUCAAUAACACGGAGGGAGACUGGUGGGAGGCACGUUCUCUGGACACCGGCAACUCGGGCUACAUCCCCAGCAACUACGUGGCUCCUGUGGACUCCAUACAGGCCGAGGAGUGGUAUUUCGGGAAGAUGGGCCGUAAGGAUGCGGAGCGACAUCUGCUGGCACAGGGCAAUCCACGUGGGACCUUCCUGAUCCGUGAGAGCGAGACCACCAAAGGGGCGUACUCUCUCUCCAUCCGAGACUGGGACGAGACCAAGGCGGACCACGUCAAGCAUUACAAAAUCCGCAAGCUGGACAACGGUGGAUACUACAUCACGACCCGCACGCAGUUCGACACCGUGCAGCAGCUGGUGGAGCAUUACACAGAGCGCGCUGCAGGCCUGUGCUGCCGCCUGGUGGGCAGCUGUCACCGGGGAAUGCCCAAGCUGGCCGACCUGUCCGUCAAGACCAAGGACGUGUGGGAGAUUCCCCGCGAGUCUCUGCAGCUCAUUAAGAAGCUGGGCAAUGGGCAGUUUGGGGAAGUCUGGAUGGGCAUGUGGAAUGGCACCACCAAGGUGGCGGUGAAGACCCUGAAGCCGGGCACAAUGUCUCCGGAGGCCUUCCUGGAGGAGGCGCAGAUCAUGAAGCGACUGCGUCAUGACAAACUGGUUCAGCUGUAUGCUGUGGUGUCUGAGGAGCCCAUCUACAUCAUCACUGAGUUUAUGACCCAAGGAAGUCUGUUGGACUUCUUGAAAGAUGGGGAAGGCAAGAAUCUGAAGCUUCCGCAGCUGGUGGACAUGGCUGCCCAGAUUGCUGCAGGGAUGGCCUACAUUGAGAGGAUGAACUACAUUCAUCGAGAUCUCCGUGCAGCAAACAUCCUUGUUGGAGACAACCUGGUGUGCAAGAUCGCCGACUUCGGCUUGGCACGACUCAUCGAGGACAACGAGUACACUGCCCGGCAAGGGGCAAAGUUUCCCAUCAAGUGGACGGCGCCUGAAGCUGCUCUCUAUGGCAAAUUCACCAUCAAGUCUGAUGUCUGGUCCUUCGGCAUCCUGCUUACGGAGCUCAUCACAAAGGGCCGAGUGCCGUACCCAGGCAUGAACAACCGGGAGGUACUGGAGCAGGUGGAGCGCGGCUUCCGGAUGCCCUGCCCCGUGGGCUGCCCUGCCUCGCUGCACGAGCUCAUGCUGCAGUGCUGGCGGAAGGAGCCUGAUGAGCGGCACACCUUUGAGUACCUGCAGAGCUUCCUGGAGGACUACUUCACUGCCACAGAGCCGCAGUACCAGCCUGGCGAAGACCUGUGACUCCCAUCCCCCUCCAUCCCAUCAAAGAAAACAUGCAAUGAAGAGUGCCUCGCCUACGCCGUGCUCCAAGCUGUUUGU